GGCAACGCUCAUGUUCCAAAAGGAUGUCAGGCGUUGAAUUUAUAUGCAAGAUGCUCCAUAUUGUGUUUUCACUCUCUGGAUUUUACAGUUUCUUUCUGGCUUUUUUGUUAUAGGUUAUUAUCUGUGCAGUGAAGGGCAUUUGCAAUUUGUAUCGGUGAUUUGGAGUGAGUCACGAGGGUGGGCAAAUGAAAAGACCACUUGUAAUGGAUUCCGUGAAUGAUGAUAAUGAUGGUGAUCAUCAUCAGGGUAUUAAUUUCAGAAAGAUGAGGAUCUUCGAAAGUGGGCUUACGGAGAUUGGUAUGACUCGUAGAUUGCAAGAGGAUAACGUUGAUAGAGGCGAUUCAAAGGUUAUGAGGAAUUUGGUGGAUGAUUUGGAGCAGGUUGAAAGGAAUGUUGGGGAAGAGAAGAAAAGGGAGGCUAUGGAUUAUGAGAAAUUCUCUGUAUCUGUCAAUGGUAGUGAUAUUAUAGAGCAAUCCAAGAUCCGAAAGAAAUUGAAUACAAAUGAUCGAUCAGAUUGUAGCUCGCCACAAGAGUCUAUUGCAGGAACUGAACUUGAGUCUCUGCACGUAAUAAUGGGCCAGAUGAAAGAAGAAAACAAGAAGUUGAAAUUGGCUUUAUCUGAGAUAAUGAACAAUUAUCAAAAUCUUCAGGUUCAUCUGUUGACUAUUAUGCAGCAAGAGAAGCAAAAAGAAAACAAUCCACAGCCAGAAGAGACUCCAAAGGAAUCAGAAAAGUGGGAAGAGGAGUCAGAGAUGGUGGCUUUGUCUCUUGGGACAAAUUUCUUUGCGACCAAAGCUGCUAAAGAAGAAACCUUAGGCGGAGAAAGUGGGAAAGAGGUUGUACACAAUACAAAAGGGCCACAAGAGGAUCUCAAAGGGUUCAAUCUAAGCUUAGCUUUCAAGGAUGAAGAGGAAACAAGAAAAGAAAAUAAAGGAAGGAGCGUCUCUCCAACAACUAGCCAGGCUAAAUCAGAGGAAGAAAUGAUGAGGUCAUAUAAAGCACUCAAGACAUUAGGCGAGAAUUCAGAAGCUGCACCCACCAUUAGAAAAGCCAGAGUGUCUGUUCGUGUUAGAUGCCAAGCUCCAGUGAUGCAAGAUGGGUGUCAAUGGAGAAAGUAUGGGCAAAAGUUAGCCAAGGGCAAUCCCUGUCCCAGAGCUUACUAUCGUUGCAGUGUGGCCCCAGGAUGCCCAGUUAGAAAGCAGGUACAAAGAUGCCCAGAUGACACGGCUAUACUCAUCACAACAUAUGAGGGCAGUCACAAUCAUCCACUUCCUAUCGCUGCCACUGCCAUGGCAUCCACCACAGCAUCAGCAGCCACCAUGCUCCUCUCUGGUUCCACCUCAAGCAUGGAAGACAUAGUUGCCAACAAUUCAUACAGCUCUAGAUUAGACCGAUUAUUUGCCUCCAAUCCCACCAUUAGCACCUCAACUUCCUUCCCCACAAUUACUCUAGAUCUCGCCAAUAAACCCACCUCACAGUUAAACCUACACAAUUCAGUAGCAAGACAAUCAUCAUCCACAUCACUGCCUUCAACUUUCUCUCUUCCAUAUCAAUACCCAUCUGCAGGAUCCAACUUGUUUUCUACCCUUCAUCAUCCUAACCCAAUACUUCGUUCCAAUCAAUCAUUACCAGUGAUUCCCAGUUCGAAUCCCGUGAGCAAUACUCAUCUCUACUACACCCAACCUCAUAAUCCUGCAUAUAGCAGGCCCAAUUCAUCAAUUUCUACAUCAAACUAUGACCUUGUUAGCCAGAUUUUGCAAUUACAGCACCAAAAUUCUCUUGAUUCAUUGCCCAACAAUCCCUCUGCAAAAGCCAUUCAAGGAGCUCUGUCAAGAUACUCUUCUCAGUCAUCGAUUCAGAACGUUACUCCAACUACUGCUUCCAUUACUUCAGAUCCUAAGUUUACAACUGCCCUUGUGAACGCCAUAGCCUCCAUUAUCAGUAGCAGAGGGAUCGAAUCCAAUGGGGGAGCGAGCAAUGGAGUAAAUAAUAUAGUACCCAAUGACGAUCAGACAAAAUGGGGAGAAGGCAUCAGAGAUCAAGCUGCUUUGAGGUCUAGCCCCCAUUCUUCAGAAUCCAAUGUACUAUCUUCGUCUGCUUCUUAAGUAUGUUUAUAGUUGUAGAGUUUGGUAAUCUGCCUUGCGGCUUGCUUGUAAAUCUAGUUUUGAGUUGCAAGAUUUUUGUUAUGGAGAGACUUUAGUCCUUCACAACUGAAAGGAAGCAGCCUGCAUGCAUUUUAUUAUGUUGAAGGUAUCGAAAGCCUUAAACUGAAAACUAUCUGUAGGCUAUCUAGACUCUUCCGUGCUGCACCAAAGGUUUAAAAUUAUUGUUUAAACUGAUAAUAUAAAUUAAAGGUUUUAUUAA